CCGUUUUGGCGGGGAAAUCUCUUCUUGUUUCGCUUGCUGUCGAUUAGUUCGCAAGUUUAUGUUCUGUUAGCUGUUUAAUAAAGUACAUUUAUUUAAAAUGGCUGAUAUUGAUGUUGAUCAGCGACUCAGGGAUAUUCAGAAAGAAUAUCUUGACUUUUUAGAUGAUGAUGAUGACCAAGGUGUAUACAGCCAAGCUGUGAAGGAUAUGAUAAAUCGGAAAAGUUGCAGAAUGGUUGUCAACAUCAAUGAUUUGAGGAGAAAGAACUCGGUUCGCUGUCAGAGCUUAUUAGCAGCAUCUUUCGAAGAGUUGGUUGCCUUUCAACGAGCACUGAAAGAAUUUGUUGCUGCUGCAGAUCCAACUUAUUCAAAAGAAAAAGAGGCCUUUUUUAUUGCUUUGGAAGGAAGUUUUGGAUCAAGACAUGUGACACCAAGAACUCUUGUGUCCAGCUAUCUGAGCAAUGUUGUUUGUGUUGAAGGAAUUGUUACCAAAUGUUCUCUUGUUCGCCCAAAAGUUGUGAGAAGUGUUCAUUAUUGUCCUGCAACUACUAAAACUAUUGAAAGACGGUAUACAGAUCUCACAGCUUAUGACGCAUAUCCAAGUAGCUCUGUAUAUCCUACUAAAGAUGAAGAUGGUAAUCUCCUAGAGACUGAAUUUGGAUUAUCUGUUUAUAAAAACCACCAAACCUUCUCUAUUCAAGAAAUGCCAGAAAAGGCACCAGCUGGACAGCUACCUCGUACUGUUGAUAUAAUAGCUGACAAUGAUUUGGUCGAUGUAUGCAAGCCUGGUGACAGAGUACAGGUUGUUGGAAUGUUUCGGUGUUUACCUAGUAAAAAAAUGGGAUAUACAACUGGCACAUUCAGGACAGUACUCAUUGCGAAUAAUAUCCAGUUAUUAAGUAAAGAAGUUUCUCCUCAGAUAUCUGUAGAAGAUGUUAAAAAGUGUAAAAAGUUCUCUAAACAAAAGGAUGUCUUUGAAAUUUUAGCUCAUUCUCUUGCACCUUCUAUUCAUGGUAACGAAUACAUAAAGAAAGCUAUUCUGUGUUUGCUGCUUGGUGGUGUCGAAAAAGUUCUUCCGAAUGGAACCCGGUUGAGAGGAGAUAUUAAUGUAUUAUUACUUGGAGACCCAUCUGUAGCCAAAUCACAGUUAUUGAGAUAUGUCUUGCAUACUGCUCCUAGAGCUAUUCCCACUACUGGUAGAGGAUCAUCUGGUGUUGGUUUGACAGCAGCAGUUACCACUGAUCAAGAAACAGGUGAUCGAAGACUAGAAGCUGGUGCUAUGGUGUUGGCCGAUCGUGGUGUUGUGUGCAUUGAUGAAUUUGACAAAAUGUCGGAUAUCGAUCGUACAGCUAUUCAUGAGGUUAUGGAACAGGGUCGAGUCACAAUAGCUAAAGCUGGCAUUCAAGCAAAGCUUAAUGCUCGUUGUAGUGUCCUAGCAGCUGCUAACCCGGUAUAUGGAAAGUAUGAUCAGUACAAGACACCCAUGGAAAAUAUUGGCCUGCAGGAUUCUCUAUUGUCUCGAUUUGAUUUGCUUUUCAUUAUGCUAGAUAAGAUGGAUCCAGAAAGUGAUCGUGAGAUUGCUGAUCAUGUUGUAAGAAUGCAUCGUUACAGAAAGCCUGGGGAAAUGGAUGGCGAACCACUGCCAAUACAUUCUGCUGCUGAUUUUCUUGCAACCAAAGACCCUGAUGCUGAAGAGGAACAAGAAGAAAAUACGCCCAUCUAUGAGAAAUUUGAUGCAUUGCUUCAUGGAUCUAAAGCUAAAAUGGAUAAAGUAGUAAGCAUGGAAUUCAUGAGGAAAUACGUACAUUUAGCGAAAGCUGUCAAACCUACAUUAACUCCUGAAGCUUGUGAACGUCUGUCAGAAGAAUAUACUAAGCUUCGUGCAUUUGAUUCUCAGAAUUCUGAUAUUGCUAGAACCCAACCAGUCACUCCCAGGUCUCUUGAAACUUUAAUUCGUCUCUCAACUGCUCAUGCUAAAGCCCGCAUGUCAAACACAGUAAGUCUUAAAGAUGCUCAAGCAGCUAUUGAUUUAGUACAAUUUGCAUACUUCAAGAAGGUUAUGGAAAAGGAAAAGAAAAGAAGACGUCAUGAAGAUAGUUCAAGUGAAGAAGAUGAUUAUGAUGACAGUCACAAAAAGAAGAAAAUUGCAGCAAAACCUGAUAAACCUAAACCCAAACCAGGAGAAGAAGGUUAUGAUCCCUAUGAUUUUGAUGAUGAAGGACCUGAAUCUGGUUCUACACGAGCUGGAACACAACCUGGUACAUCUGGAGAGCAUAGUCAAUCAGAAAGUCAGAUCCCUGAAGAAAGGUUGAAAGAAUUUAGGAGCAUUUUGUCCAAGCUUUUUAAAGAGCGGCAUGCACAAUCUGUACCGAUGAAUGUUCUGACUGACUUCUUUGUUGAACAGAAUCUGAAAGAACCAUUUACUCCUGAAGAAAUAAAUACUGCCCUAGAAAAAAUGACUGAUGCCAAUCAAGUAAUGGUGGCAAAUGAAAUAGUGUUUCUCAUAUAAAGGGAGAAAAAGUUGUGUAAUACCAGUAACAUAUUAUGUGUACAUAUUUUUAAUGAUAUUUGAAAACUUCUGUAUUUUGUACUGAAGCUUUCAUUCAAAACUAUUUUUUCAUCAAAGUUCCAAGUAAAAUGUAUAGUGUGCUUGCUUUUUAAAAAAAUCUGUUAUAGAUAUCACAUGACUUCUUUGUACAGCCUAUUAAAUUAUACACAUUUCUUUUCCUGCA